AUGUACAGCUUCAUGGGAGGGGGCCUGUUCUGUGCUAUUGUUGGUAACAUCCUGUUGGUGGUCUCCACUGCAACGGACUACUGGAUGCAGUACCGUCUCUCUGGGAACUACGCACACCAGGGUCUGUGGAGGUACUGCAUGUCCAACAAGUGCUACAUGCAGACUGACAGCAUAGCUUACUGGAAUGCCACCAGGGCCUUCAUGAUCCUUUCAGGGAUGUCGUGCUUCGCAGGCAUCAUCGCUGGCAUCAUGUCCUUCUCUCACUUCUCCUCCUUUGAAAGGUUCAACCACUCCUUUGCUGCAGGGAUCAUGUUUUUUGUCUCCACUUUCUUUGUUCUGCUGGGUAUGGCCAUUUAUACUGGAGUGACAGUCAACUUCCUGGGGAGGCGUUUCGGUGACUGGCGUUUCUCCUGGUCCUACAUACUGGGCUGGGUGGCCAUGCUCAUGACCUUCUUUGCAGGUAUUUUCUACAUAUGUGCCUACAGAAUGUGUGAAUGCAGGAGAGGAAACGGCCCACGCUAG